UGAAUCUUUUAUCGACAUCACAUUGAGAAACUAUUGGAUGGUGAAUAAAGUAUCCGUUUUUUCGUAUUUGGAGAGUUUAUCAAUAAUAUUUCGUUAAUUCAUCUGUUGCUGCGGUAUUAUUACAUAUGUAUAAUAAUUCAUAACGAAUGAGUACAUGUACAAUUAAAAAUUCAUUUUGAGCCAAGUGCAGGACGCAGGCCCAACGGAAUAAGAUAAAUGUAUCAGAAAAUUUCUUACGUUACUUCUUAGUGUAUGACUGUUUUAAAUAAUAUAUAUCAACUACAUUAUGAUGACUCCAUUUUUUAAUAUGUCAAAAUAAAGAACAAGUAAGAAUUCACACGUUACUAAGCAAUUAAAACAUUAUCAAUUAAUAGCAAAUAUAAAACAAUGAAUUAUGUAUAAAAGAAUAUUUCGUUUUUCUUGAUACUAUAAAAUCGAAAUUUUUACUGUAUAUUACGUUCUAUUGAACUAAAUAACUAGCAAUGUAUUAGUAUAAAAAAACUAAUGGAAUGAAAUUAUUAAUUAGCAAUAUUAUUUGAAUGAUAAAAUAUUGAUGCUAGUAUAGAUGACUGCUGUCUGGUGUGCAGAGAUAAUUAAACAUGCUAUCAUCUAUCCUACUGUUCAUAUGGAGUAGCAAAAAGUUUAUUAUGUAAAUUAGAAAAUUGAAUUUAUUUUAUAAAUAUAAAAUGUAACAGUUUUGUCGAUAAAUUAUCUGUAAACUAUAUUCAAUUUAUUUAUGAAAUGAUUUAUAUAUUUUUGUUAUGAAGUAAUUUGCAUUAUAGCUUAUUCGUGUGAAUGAAUUCUGGCGAUCGUAAAGUACGUGAUGUGUAAAAAAACUUGUAAUGUUACAAUAAUGAUCUAUUAAAGUGAGUCAUACGUAAUUUUUAAUCAAAAGAAUAUACAUGUAUUUUGCAUAGAAAAAAAUUGUUGAAAAUAUUUCACUUAAAUACAGUAAAGUUAUAUUGAUUGGUACGAACAUUUUUAGAUAUAUUAAAUUUGAGAAGUAUGCUCCACUUGAAUAGUGGAUUAGAUUAUAUAGCAUAUUUAAUAUUGUACUAUAUAUUUAAGUUACAAGAAAACAGUGGGAUGCAUGGAAAAGUGAUUAGCAAGAAAUGUGUGUAGCAUAAUCAAGUGGGUAUAUUUGAAAUAUGACUUAAAAAUUUUUAAUCAGGAACCACAUAUGCUUUGAAAGAAAAGAUACGAAAUUUUACUAUUUGAUAUUUACAUGAAAUGAUAAUGCAGGUUCUAAGUUUAGAUAAAAUGUAAGUUCAUAAAAACUUAUCAAUUACGGAAUGAAACGUUAGGUAAGUGUUGCGUAAAGGUACAGAAGAACUUAGAUUAUUUUGUAGAACAGUGUAGAUAAGUUAAUAUUACACGCGUAUGUACAGUAUAAAGAAACAAGUUAGGAAGAAAGAAAACGGCAACGUUAUUGUGCGAUAAGUACAAUUCGCCUUGAUUAUACAAGUACAAAUUAAGAAUUGCUCCUUAGUCAGUUUGUAAUAUAAACAACAGUGCAUCUAAACGUUAUAAUAUAACAUAAUAUUGCUUCCUAUGGCUGUGAUUACUGGGUCAUUUGAUGUUGACUUUAAGAGGGAGUAAUAUCAUAUGAAAACUCAUACUUCACGCCAUAUUUAUUUAUUCUUGUUCAUCGUUACCGAUAUAUCAUUAUUUGACGUCAUAAAAUGUCACUGAUUCUUAUGUACGCAAAUAUAUAUAUUUUUUAUGAUAGAAUUUUUUUUCAAAUGAAAGAAGAAGGUAUUUAAAUUAUUUUUAUGGUGCGAAGAUAUGAUUUUUGACAAGAAAAAAAUUUACAAUACAAUUUAGUAGGUACAUUAAUCUAUUCGCGUAAACAUAUUAUACAUAUACACGUUGUAUAUAUAAAAUAUUAAUGUACCGAAUGAAUAAGCAUUUUACAUUAUUUAUUAUUAUUAGUAUGUGUUCAUGUGAUAUCCGGUGUUUAAUGAAUUUGUACGUACAUAUAUCUUGUGUUUACAGUAAUCUUCAAUCUCCGAAAUUUAAUUAUCGCGCAAAAUUAAUUGUAUAUUCUUUUUAAUCGUUUAAAUAAAUAUUCACGUUGUAAAGAGUAAAAAUUACUAUUAGCCGCUCAAUUUUUACUAUUAUCUUCAAAAUUAAAUUUUACAUAUAUUUGCGGUGAUCACGAUGAUCAAUCGAUUUUCAUAGACUAUUUACUUGAAAAAUUAAUGAGCAAGUUACUCAUACAUUUUUUUUAAAUUAAUAUUCGUAAUAUACAUAUGACAUUAUUUAUCUGUUAAAUUUACUAAUUUUUUUAUCACUUUAUAUGUAAAAUAAUGCUCCCACUGAUAUUAUUGCAUAAGUUAAUAAUGUUAGCGCACUAAAAGGUAAUUGAAUGACAUGCAGUAAAAUGUAUUACAUGUAAUAAUGAUGUAAAUAAAAUGAUUCUGUAAGAUAUAAAAACAAGUCAUGGAAAUAUUUUUCUUGCCUAUUGCAUUAAUGAGAGAAACAUCAGAAUAUCGAGAUGGUAUGUAAUCUUAUUUCAGAGUUAGGCUAUGUUGAAAAUUCUUUAUAAAUUUAGUUUUUUCUUAAAUCAAUGGGCGUAUAUUCAAAUUUUAGUCACUUUUUUGCAUAAACUACUAAGCAUAUAACAAAAUUAAAAUAUGUCAACCAGAGGAGGAAUCUGUGAUGCUCGUUGCCAAGCAUUUCACACUGCAAUGAUACAAAAAGAAAAAAACACACGUAUUAGAUGGUUUUUGAAGAAUCAACACAAAUUAUUAGAUCAUUUGAGAAAAACGGAGGAAAUUAAACUUCCGUCGAAACAUGAACCAGAAAAACAUCCAGUCGUGGAUAUUAUACAUUUAAAACCCUUACCAAAUUGGAGACCUCUCGAACCUGAUGGUUCUAUCAAUAUGAACAUAAUGAAACCCAUUGAUCCGCAAGUAAGAACUAUUCUGUAUGAAGACGCCCCGAGUUUUGUUAACGCUGAAAAUUAUAUUUCUGAAAGAGUAAAAGACAUUCCUGAAAAUCGCUAUUACUAUCCGGAUUGCACAAGUUGGAUAUACGGAUGGCGCUUAACAGAUUAUCCGCCUAUUCCACGAAGUAAAGUUGGACAAACAAAUGUUAUGAUUCGUGAAUUUUAUCAUUCAAAAAUAUCGAGCCUUCACAGAGAUCCAGAAUGGUAUCGCUCUUCGAGAAGAAUAACAUUUAUAUGUGAUGAUAAAAUGAAUUAGUUUCCUAUUAGACGGAA